AAGAAGAAGGCUGACCCCAAAGGAAGGAAGCUCUGGCCAAACUCCGAGCCAAAGGACCAGCGCCACCACAGAAACAGUGGGUGGACCAAACUCCCUUCAGGUCCACGUCUCCACAACCUUCCCCUCCUCUUGUCAGGGGUCCCCGUGCUGUUUCCAGUUCCAUGAAGCAGAAGCAACAUUCCCUGGAGGAUCUUUUUGAUUCCCAGCGCUCUAAGAACCGUCAACCUCCUCCUCCUCCGGACUCCCCGCCACCUCCUCCUUCACACCCAGCUCCCAUCUUUCAGCCCAUCCCAGACCCACCAGUCAAUGAUUCUCAGGAUAUGAUGCCAGAUGAUAAUAUCCGCUCAAAGCUUCACGCUUUCUCUGCCAGCGUCUACUUCUCGUAUUCUGAGAUGCCGGGAAAACUUUUCUUGCGGAAAGAGGUGUUUUAUCCCAGAGAGAUAUUUAAUCGUCCCUACAUCCUCAAUCUGUUGUGUGAACAGAUCAUGAGGGACACGUACGCUGAAGGCUGUUUGAGGGUCAGCAGAGACGAGAGGAGGAAGAUGAAGGACCUCCUCGCAAAUUUUAAGGUGGGCACAACGAUAAGCACCAUCCAGGAUGACACCACGAAGAAAAGGAUCGUCAUCGCAGCUCGGGACAACUGGGAAAACUACUUUUCCCGUCUGUUUCCUGUGACGUUGGACUGCGGUGAUGCCGAGCUUCUGGGUGUAUGUCAUCGAGGCAUUCGUUUCCUGAAGAUGGUCAAAGCAUCAGGCAUCAAACCCAAACACCUCCAUCUGUUCAGGAGCUACAGUUUUGCAGAAUUGCUGUCAGUUGACCUUCGUGAUUCAGACAAAGUGGAACUGGAGCUGAAGUCCGAAAACAUUGUGCUGUUGUCGUCUAGAGCACCUCAGAUCACCGCUAUGGUCCAGCAUUUCCUCCAGGAACUCAUCAAGGGCUCAGGCCAUGUGGUUGCUUUAAAGAGCUACUUAACAGAUGACAAGAGUCUACUCCGUUUCAGCAAAGGUGACAUCAUCAAACUGCAGCCAAUGGAAGGACUUCAGCCAGGUUGGAGCUUUGGCUCCACAGGAGGGCGAUCUGGACUCUUUCCAGAGGACCUCACGCAGCCAUCUGCUGCCCCGGACUACCACUUUCUCCAUCUCGACCGCAGGGAUGAGAGAACAAAAAGUCUGAGGCGUUCUCGAUCUGCCCGCGCACCGAACGGUCAACCAUCAAGUCCCAUCAGCAACCACGUGGGCGAUGCUGCUGCAGAUCAGUCCAGCAGGCGCACCUCAGUCCAGGGCUCAGACCUGGAGAUCCUCUCGCCAAUGGCAGAGUUUGCAAUGAAAUAUUUUAGAGUUGGGAUGACAGGUCUCCCGAUUGGUGGAAGAGACUUUACAGAGGCGGUUCAACGCACACAGGUCCCAAUACCGGAGUCCCUCAUUCUCUACAGCGACCCUGAAAUGAACGAUUUAGCUGUGCAGAGCUUUAUAAACCUGAUGGAGUUCAUGGGUGAUGCAGAAAUGAAGAGGAACAUCACUCAGGGAGACCUAAUGCAGAACAUAUUAAUGCUUGGGAAGGAACAAGAGCUCCUGAGGGAUGAAAUCUACUGCCAAGUCAUCAAGCAGACCACCAACAACCCAACAAAAGCAAGCUCGACUCUUGGGUGGCGACUGCUAAACAUGGUCACGGGGUUUUUUCCCUGCUCUCCUACUUUGCACCCUUACGUCAUAAAUCACCUACGAUGCAUCACUCACGACUACGAACAUCCGUACCAAGAGAUGGCCGGCGUUUGUCUGGAUAACUUGCAGCGUUCUUGCAGUACCGGCGGUCGUCGUAACAUUCCGUCAGAUGUUGAAAUAGAAGCGAUUUUGCUUGGAAAAAACUCUCACCGUGUCCCCAUCCAGCUGCCCGGAGGAGUCAGUCUGCCUGUUCGGAUGCGCAGCUUCACUUUGGUAGCAGAUGUGCUGAUGGAGUUUGGUGAAGAAAUGGGCUUGUCACAUCCAUCAGAAACCGCAGACUUUGCCAUCCUGGUAAACCGACUUCCAGAUAAGGAGGUGCGUCCCCUCCACUCUGAGGAGUAUCCUUUUGACUUCCUGGAUGACGACGGCUCUGUCACCUUGUUUGCAAGACGAAUCAUGUGGACAAAUCCUCUGUCCUUCACCACUGACCUCUACGUGAACUUUCACUACUGGCAGCUACUGGGGGAUUUUCUGGAAGGUCAACUGACGCCCGCUUCUGCUGCAGGUGGCUCCUCUUUAGUCCAGGAGUUAGCAGAGCUGUCGGCGCUGCAGCAUCUGGCACAAGACCGCAGGGAUGAACCUUCAAUGCCGGAGUUUAAGGAGUACCUACCUUCCCAGGAGGGACUUAGUGGGAACAUUAAGGAGAUCUAUUCCUUCUGCCUUGGCCAGAUAGCCGCCAUGCAAACCCUCAGCUCUCAAGAUGCCAAAAUACGAUUUAUUGAGUUAAUGUCCGCUUUGCCUCAGUUUGGCUGCAACACUUUCCUGGCCCAAAAGGUCAGCCGACGUGAUUGCCCCUCACCUUGCUUGGUGAGCAUCAGUCAACAGGGGGUGCUGUUUAUUCAUCCCAAAACACAGGAGCGGGUGUUCAUGAUUCCCUUGGUGGACGUACAGUCGAUGCGAACCGUCCGACCGAAGAAACGGAGCAAAGUCCCCACAGUGGACAUAAACUAUGGAAAUCCAGGCCGUCAGCAAACAGUCAGCAUUCAUCUCAAACAGGCAAAGGAGCUGUGUCACAUCCUCGCUCUCAUCAUGGAAAUGCUGAUCCGACCGUCAGUCAGCAGCUCCAUCUCGAACCAUCAGUAGACCAUAAACCUUUUCACAAUUAUUGGCUUCCCAACCUGCAUUUUGCAUGGUCCUGAGUUUUAUCCAUUUCUGGAAAUUGUAAGACAGACAACAUUCUGCUAAGAGUUACGUUAGUGCAUCCAGAAAGUAUUCACAGCGCUUCACCUUUCAAUAUUUUAUGUUACAGCCUUCUUUCAAAACAGCGUAAAUUAAAUUUUUGUCCCUCAAAAUUCUACUCACAGCACUCCAUAAUGACAUGAAAAACUUUUUUUUUUAAUUUUUGCAAAUUUAUUAAAAAUAAAAAGCUAAGAAAUCGACCAUACAGACCUCAUUGUUGAAUUGCUGUAGAGAUGGUUGUCCUUCUGGAAGGUUCUCCUCUCUCCACAGAGGA